AUGGGCCAGUACCGCAGCCCUCCCACGUCUCCCUGCAGUCACCGUCCAAGCCUAUCCACCAUCAACGAGGAGCCGUUCGGUCCGCUAGUCACUCCGCCUGACCGCUCUUCGUCGUUCGAAUCCACCUCGUCCGACGGCUGCGGCGACUACGCCACCGUCCCUCUCCUUCUUUCUUACGACGAGAAGAGCGGCUUGCCAUACUCUUCGUUUCGACACCGCCGACGAAAGGAGCGGCUUUACAAGGAGGACGGGAGCGACGGGCCUUCAGCGGCAUGGCGGAUCGUCAAAGCACUCGCUUUCCUCGCCCUUUCAGCCUGCAUCUCGUCCUUCUUCUUCCUCGGCACGCUGUACAUCCCAUUCCUAGCCGGCGAGACGUCGAGCGAGUUCCAGUCGGCGGACGACUGGAUCUACGCCCCUCUUCUUGUGCGCGAGUCGACAAACGCCUCGGUUCUCGACCGGCCAAAAGGUUACAACCCGCUCGCGCCGAGUGAGAAACUUGAGUACGACUUCAACCUUCACAUCGAGUUCGUUCGCUCGACCAUCUCGACCGGCGAGACGUCGUCCAUCAUCUUCCACUGCCGGCACAACGACAUCUCGCUCUGCCCUUCCUUUUACCGCGUCCUCCUCGCCGGCCCGACGAUUCACUCUCCUCCGCACGCUAAGACGACGGUACUCGAUGACCGACGGGUGCAAGUCGAGAUGGGCGCCGUCCGGGACCCGGGAUGGUACCAGCUCUACACAUGGCCAGAGUACGAGCGUUGCGAGCGGUUCGAGAAGGAGGACGCGGAGAAGCCCUACCACAAGCUCGCCGUCAGCAGCACACCCAUGACGAUUCAAGUUACCGGUCCCGCACCAGUAGACGACUACCGAGUUUGCCUGCCUCGAGACGACUUGACCCGUGGUCGCUGGAUCUCGAAGGCCUUCGUCGACGCCGACCACCACUCGCCGAGCUCGCCCUUCUACAGCUGGAUCGAAAGUCACUCUCGCCCCUCGAGCGACUCGACCUACUCCACCGCCGAGUACAUCUGGGCGCCCUACGACUGCAAGCCGCAGCACCGCGAGAUGAACGACUGGCUUGAAGCUGUCAAGCCGGAGACGCUUCUCGUCGUUGGCGACGAGAAGGCUCGCAACUUGUUCUGCGCGACGUUCGGUGCCGGCGAGAAGGAGUGCUCUCUUGAAGCGGUCAGCGAGCCUCCAUCCGACAUCACAUUUGCUCGCACGCGCUCGGAUGGCUCUUUCUCCACCAUUAACUUCCACUUCAACCCGCUCGGCGACGCAGCCCGCCUCAGCAACUACAUCUCCUCCGCCCUCCUCUCGCCCGCCUCGCACAUCCUCUUCAUCGCACCGACCGCACCUCUGGGCGACAACACGGAUCCGUCGAUGUACGCUAUCAAGAUGCGGAAAGCGCUCGACGUCUUUGCGGAUCUAGCGAAGGAGGCGAAGAUCGCGGUCGCGACGAGCUUCGGGGUCGUGCAGAGCCAGGACUGCUCUGACAAGGCUGAGACGCAUCGCAAGACGCUCGAGCCAGGGAACGCAGCAUUGCUAGAACUCGUCCGCGGCUACCCCAACGUCGAGCCUCUCGACGUUUACUCGCUCCAGAAUGACCGCCCGGACGCCGUUCGCUCGCCAGCAGGUCACGCCGCGCGACCCGAAGAAGGCGUCCUCGAACACACGCUCGUCGACAUCGUCAUGGAGAGCUGGCGGCAACUAGCAACGUGA